AUGCUGCUGGCGGCAAUGAUGUGGUUGAUGUGGAGCAAAGCCGCGGCAGAAUUCCGCAAGGAUGGCAAGCUGUAUCCCAUCGUUAUCAACCUUUGCUGCUGUCUACUGGCUUGCUCCAUGAUAUAUGUUCAAGCUGUUCUGGGUGUUGCCUCGCCGUGGCAGUGCGAACGAAUCGCUUUGCUCCUUCACUACACUUACUUGACCUGCGCCUCGUGGAUAGUAGCGUUGGCCGCCACAUUGGCUGAGCAUUGCGCUUACGAUUCUUUCAUGCCCCUCAAGUACAACUACCUGUUGGCCUACGGGAUACCGGCCUUCGUUGUAAUGUUUAACUAUGCAUUGUCUAUGGAACGUUACGAGAUUAAGCAUUACUGCUGGAUGUCCUUAGAGAAAGGUAUGGUGUUGGGUUUCAUGGUCCCCGUGAUGAUAUUGAUAAUUAUCAACACCGCCAUAAUCCUGUAUGGCCUGAAGAGGGUUUACAAGAAACAGUCCGAGUCGCUGCGCACCAAAUUGCAGGAGCUCUUUGACCGUCAUGAAGCGAACAUACGCAAGAACGGACAGGUCGAUGGGAACAAUAAGACCGGCAGUGCUGAUACGCUGGACAAUCUAUACAUAGCAGGUACUAGCAGAAAGAAUACUGAGAGCUCAGAAAAUCUGGACAGAGAGUAUAACGCGUGUGAUGACAACUGCUAUGACAUUCCCGAGGGGAAUAAUGAGGAUGAAAAUGAUGGGAACAAUCAAGGCAAAGACAAUCAAGACCCGGUACUCACGAUCUACACGACGGAGCCUCUGUGGCUGAAGUGGGGCUGGAGUACGGAGGGUAACGAGUUAAAAACCUACCUCAAUCUCUGCUUGGUGCUGGAGCCGUUUUUCGCAGUGAACUGGGCGAUGGGCGUCGCUGCCAUUGAAAACGCCACGCACUGGACAACUCCCACGAUUUAUUUGAUCCUCGCACUGGUUAUGUAUGGGUACUUCACUUUGACUAUCAGCAUGACUCUGCCGAUUUUGACAAAACCAGCUCCCAUUUCCACAAGCUGUGAAGAUAUCGUUGGCGAACCUAUGCUCGCUCCGACAAGCACUACAGACAAUAUUCCUUUACUGGAUCCAGCAGUGCAAAAGCCUAAUGUGACACCGGCUCCGGCAGAUACAAUAAGCACAAUCAGCAUC